AACCUCAAUCUUGCUUUUACACUAGUAUUACACCCAGUUUUAAAUCAUAAACCACGCAAUUAACCGAAGAUAAUCUGAUCCUAACUUAUGUGGGUCCGUGUUGGGGAAAAAAAAACCCAACUUAUGUGGGUUCCUCAGUUUUAGUUUAUCAUAAAAAAACUUACCGGACCAAUCUCACAGCAGAGAAUCCAGACCAACGCGAAAUCUUGCCAUCUCUGUUGGUAAGUUCCUUUCUUCGUCCGGAGACCGAGAUCCUCUGCUUCUCGACCCACGGUUACACCCAAAGGAAAAGCCCGCGAAAGGAAAUGCCAUUCAAAACAAUGAUAGAGGUGGAACCGCCGACCCCGUUAAGAUAUAUCAUCGGAGCAGCAAUCAUGAUGAUCGGAGUUGUAUUACCCGUAGGAUACAUGAUGUUCCGUAACAAGCGCGUCCCUUCCUCUUCCUCUUACUCCAAACAGACGUAGGAACAAGGUUUUGAUAUAGAGAUUUUGGUGGAAGGAUCUCUUUUUAUGUGGAAUUGAUAGGGUUACACAUUUGAAGGAAGAUUAGGAAGGAGUGGAAGAAGGCCAUGAAUGACCUGCAUAUACAAAAAUGUAAAUGAAUUAAAACACUCAGCUCUGUUUAUGUUAGUUGUUUGGAUAUUAAUUCAAGUUUAAAAAAGUUAUUUGUUGUUUUGUUCAAUUUAUGAGUUUUGAUUAGGUUAUCAAAUUAGCAUCAUAAUGUAUGGAUUCAAUGCUACUGGUUGUUUGAUGGUA